UCAAAGUGCGUAAAUGAAACAAGUGAAAUAAUAAAAUAAUAACGAAAAAGUCAGUGUUAGUAUUAUAACAUGCUGAUGAAUAUCAAAAUAUAUUUAUUACACGUUCACAACACAUAAAUUACAAGUCGUAUCGACUUUUAGGAACGAAGUAAUGUUUAGACAUCAAUUGCCAUGUGCCAUAACCUACAAAAGUCAAAAAUGUCUGAUGAAACAAAUUCAAACACAAUAAUCAAAAUUGAAACAAUCGAAUAUCCUCGAGUUAAACAAGAACUUGAAGAUUAUGAAAAUACAACAGGUAUUUGUAUAGAGAAUGAUGAAAUUUGUCUACAGCAAUUUUUAAAAUCAGAGGUUGCGGUUGAGGAGGAUAUAAAGCAAGAAACAGUUGAUGAGCAAGAUUUUAAACAAGAUCCUCAAGUGAAACAAGAGGUUGAUGAUUAUGAAUGCACAUCACUUAUGAGUAUUGAGAAUGAUGAAAUAUGCCUACAGCAAUUCCUAAAAUCUGAGGUUACUAUUGAUGAGGAAAUUAAACAAGAAAAGAUUGAUGGGCUAGAUGCUACGUCUAAUACAAGUUUCAAUGAAAAACCUCACAUAUUUAAUAAAGACACCAGUAAUUCAAGUAAUUCGAGCGAAUCAUUCGAAAGCAUUUCUAGAAAAAGUACAAGUGAUAAUUUAAAGCUUCAUAAAUGUGAAAUAUGUAAUAAAACAUUCCCACAAAAGAGAAAUUUAAAUCAACAUAGAGUGAUUCAUUCCCGUAAACAUCCUGUUAGUUGUAAAAUAUGCAAUAAAACACUCGCCGGAAAAAAAUCAUUAAAAAGACAUGAACUUGUUCACACUGGAGAACGACGUUACAAAUGUGAAGAAUGCAAUAAAAUGUUCAAAAUAAAGAUUAAUUUAAAACAACAUAAAAUAACUCACACUGGGGAACGUCCUUACAUUUGCAAAAUAUGUCAUAAAGCAUUCAAAGAAAAACGGACUUUUGAUUACCAUGAAAGAACUCACACUGAAAAAAUUUAUCCUUACAGUUGCGAAAUAUGUCAUAAACAAUUCAAAGCAAAGCAUAAUUUGAAAUACCAUGAAACAAUUCACACUGGAGAAAGUCCUUACAGUUGCCCAAUAUGUCAUAAAACGUUCAGAGCAAAGCGGGCGUUAGAACAACAUGAAGCAAUUCACACUGAAGAAAACCCUUAUGUGUGCAAAAUAUGCAAUAAAACAUUCACAUUAAAAAAAACGUUAACUCAACAUAAA